AUGACACAACGCUUCCGUCUCGAGCACGACCCUUAUCACGAUUCUUGUAUCAGCUCAGACGUUGGAGUACUGCACCAUAAAUCCGAGCAUCAUAUAAAACGCAAAGCCCAUUCCAACACCUAUACCAAGCCAAGAAGAAGUAAGAAACUUCGCUAUUCCAAUCGACACAUACAAGCGCUCUCCACCCCCCGUCAAAACGUACCCUAUCCCAUGGACGCCAACACCGCGUCGAGCCCCACCACGCACAACAACGUCCUCCACAGCCGCACACAGGACGAGCACCGGGCGUUGAACUCGCUCGAAUCAGCACUCGAACAGCAUUUCCAGGCGCUCAAGCGAGAGUACGAAGCCAAGCGAGGCAAGGCCUGGACGCCGCUGCGCCCCUGGACAGGCGAACACAGCAUGUGCGAGUCGGAGUCGGAGUGGACCGAAGACGACGAUGAUAUCAGCAUGAGCCGUACGGCCGAAUCACAGGGAUAA